AUGUUAUGUCGAACGCUACAUACAUAGAUCGAGGCUCCUUAUUGGACUACGGUGUUCAUACGUCAUCAUCCUGCGACAGUCAAGCGAUGUUUGCUCUCCGCUCAACCGAAAAGCAAAAUAUAUAGCAUGUAUAGCAGUUUUCCCGUGUUGUGUUAUGUGAAUUCAACAUGAGUGGGGGUCUGGCACCGAGCAAAAGCACUGUUUAUGUGUCCAACCUGCCAUUCUCUCUAACAAACAAUGACCUUCACAAGCUCUUCACCAAAUAUGGAAAAGUGGUCAAGGUUACAAUUGUGAAGGAUAAAGACACACACAAAAGCAAAGGCGUGGCAUUCGUUCUUUUCCUGGACAGAGAAUCGGCUCACAACUGUGCAAGAGCGGUGAACAACAAGCAGUUGUUUGGCAGAACUGUGAAAGCCAGCAUUGCGAUCGACAAUGGACGGGCGACUGAGUUUAUAAGGAGGCGCAACUACACAGACAAAAGCAGGUGUUAUGAAUGUGGGGAUAUAGGACAUAUGAGCUAUGCGUGCCCCAAAAAUAUGUUGGGAGAGAGGGAACCUCCAAAGAAGAAGGAAAAGAAAAAGAAGAAAAAAGAUCAACAACCAGAACAUGUUGAAGAAGAAGAACUAGAAAGUGAAGAGGAAGGAGAAGAUCCAGCUCUUGAUAGUCUUAGUCAAGCCAUAGCUUUUCAGCAAGCACGAAUUGAGGAAGAAGAGCAGCAAAGGAAACGCACUGUUAUGCCCAAAGACGGCAACGCUCAUCCUUCUACGUCUGCAGACUCCAGGAAACCGAGGAUCAAGAAAAGUGCUUACUUCAGUGACGAGGAGGAGCUGAGUGACUAAUGUGGACAUUUUGUGUUACAGUUUUAAACCCUUUUUCUUUUAUCUUGGAAUAAUCAGUUGUACUAUUGUAAAAAAAAUAAAGUGUGCGAUUUAAGUCUC